GAAUUGUUGAAUUCAAAGUCAUGACUUUACUGCCUUGAAACUCGACAACAUUUAAUAUAGAACAUAGUUUUUAGCAAUCCAAGCUUGACAUCUUCAAGUUAUUUUCUAACAAGAAUCUUGGCUUGUUCCUUCUCAUAUGCCUCGAGAUGCAACGCAGGCCAUUGCAGCAGCAGCACCCAGAAAGAGAAACAUACGAGUCAAUGGAACCAACAAAAUCAAUCUUGCUCGGUAUGCUCGGAGAACGUCUUCAGAGCAAAUAUCGUCUUCUGGAAUUGACAAGACUGUGUCUGGAGUGAAUGGUAUUAGUAUUCGAGGGCUUGGAGCUCAGUCACGAAAGACCAAGUGCAAGCAGGAACAGGCUGCUAGAGACGACAUUCAGUCACUGCUUUCUCGAUUUAGUCUUAGACAAUCUGCUUCUCUUCAGGACUUUCGUGACGACUGGCGAGCUCUUGGAUUCUUUCGGAUUCAUACCGUAGCAACUAAUUCUGAAACCUAUGAAUUAAUAUUGCGUACAUUCUAUGUUGCACUUUUGGAAUUGCUGGAUUCAUGUACAUCUCCGUAUCAGCAGGCUGGGAUUUGCUUUGCAUUGUAUGCACUGUUCUUCUCCAGACCAUCGUCCAAACCCAUCUUAUUGAUCCAUAUUAGUCCAAGACAGAUGCACUUGGUAUUAAAUAUCCAAUCUGCCUGUGUCAAGUGCAACAUGUUUGAAGCUGUUUCUGCCAUCACAAACCUUUUGGGUGCUGAUGCAUUUUUGAUUGUUCCAUAUAAUGUCAAGGCUGGAGGAUUAUCAUUUCCCUAUUUUGAACCCAAUAUUCCACGAAAAGACUUGAGUGUUUCUGCAAUUUCUCCCCAUGCACUUUAUAUUCGGGAGCUGGUCAACGAUACAUUCUUUAAAAAGUCGAAUGUACUUUCAAAUAUGGAUGAUUGGAAUACGUAUGAUCACUUUAUGAGCCAAUACACCAAUCUCAAGAAAUUACUACCACAAUCCAUUACGGCCACACUUGUACAAAACGACGACGACUCAAAAGACCCCUUACUACUUCACUCAAAACUCUACCUUUACGAAAAUACACCAUCAAUUGUCACCAACACCAUUGAUCCGCGUUUUGCAGAUACAGUGCGACAAACGGUUGAUACAUACGAGUCGAUCAAGCAGCAAAGGAUAAACAUUCUAAGUUCAUUAACAUCAAAAAACCAUACUAUGCCUUUUGUUUAUUCAGAUACGCCAACAGAUAAAGGUAUUGCCGUCUCCACUGCACUCAACGAUGGUGAUUUACUAUCACCUGCCAUGUCGAUACCGAUUGAGCCAAUUAAAGCAUUUGCAUCAAGUGAUGAUGCUACUUUACAACCAUCAUAUGUACGUCACUCUUCCGAGAUUGGUAAUUCACUCGAGUCUUCAGUACCAUUAGGCACGCAAGCAACCCAAGACUACACUCGACAUAAUGUGCUGAUUGAGAAUCUAAUGGCUGGUUUGGAAUUUGCCGGUAGCUCAGAGUUUGAUGUAGAGACUUUUGGGAAACGUGGGACUGAUUCCUUGAAAUUUGUAUAUCAUGUUCCUUCUGAUGAAAGCGACAAUGAGUACAUGGACGACACCUACUAUUGAUUUGCAAGAUUAGCAAUAAAACACUAAAUAAAUGAUAAUUUAAAGAU